AUGCAAAUCAAAGCAUCUCAUAAACAGAAUGAACCCAUUGUAUCGGGCACACAAGCUGCCUUAGGACAAUUUCCCUGGCACGUUUUAUUGAAAAAAGAUAAAAAUGACGAUGUGUGGUGUGGUGGUUCUAUUAUUACCAACAAAUGGGUUUUAACUGCAGCCCAUUGUCUUUAUGGCCAACGUUCUAUAUUUAUGGCAUUUGGAACCAUAGAGCAGAAAAAUAGUGAAAUUAGUAUGACCUCUAACAAAUUUGUUAUAUAUCCAGCAUAUGAUGACAACAAUGUUUUCGAUGACAUUGGACUUAUUGCUUUACCUAACCCCUUAAACUUUACUCCCAACAUACAAGCCAUUGACUUGGUAACAGCAGCAGAAGCUGCGAAACACAAUUUUUGGGUGCUGAAGCUACCAUUUGUGGUUUUGGUCGAACCACUGAUAAUGUGGAUAAAAGUUCUGAAUGGUUAUUAUGGACUUCGGUGGAAAUUGUUAAUAAUACAAUUUGUGAAGUGAUUUAUGAUGAACCGGUAGAGGAUACAGUUAUCUGCGCAAAAGGUUAUAAAGAUACCAAGCAGUCCUCCCUGUGAUGGUGAUUCAGGUGGUGCUUUAGUUUGGAAGAAUGAAGCGAAAAAGUUUGUACAAAUUGGGGGUAUAUUCAUUUUCAAAGGAAGACG